AUGUCUAUCAAUUCAUAUGAACAUCUGCUCCCUCCCAGCUGGAAGACUCAAGUCACCAGCUGGCUUGCAGAGGAUACCCCAUCAUUUGAUUAUGGCGGUUACGUUGUCGGUGAGGUUCACCGCGAGGCAUUUCUUUUCGGGAAAGGCAAACAGACCGCGGUCUUGGCGGGACGACCCUUCUUCACUGAGGUCUUCGCCCAGCUUGAAUGCGAGGUUGAAUGGCAUAUACAGGAGGGCGAGACCUUCGAGCCUAUCAAGCAUAUCGCUACCGUUCGAGGCAAAGCUAGGCACCUUCUACUUGGCGAACGCAUCGCCCUCAACAUGCUUGCAAGGUGCAGUGGCAUUGCUACGAAAUCUAAACAUUUUAAAGAUCUCGCAGCGGGUUAUGGCUACAAGGGUAUUAUUGCUGGGACCAGGAAGACCACUCCAGGGUUUCGGUUGGUUGAAAAAUACGGGAUGAUUGUCGGGGGUAUCGAUCCUCACCGUCAUGAUCUUUCAAGUAUGAUCAUGCUCAAGGAUAAUCAUAUAUGGUCGUCCGGAUCAAUCACUGCUGCAAUCCAACAGGCUCGUGCAGUGGGCGGCUUUAGUUUGUUGCUUGAUGUGGAAGUUGGUUCAGAAGCUGAAGCAGAUGAGGCAAUUGAAGCGGGCGCUGACAUUAUCAUGCUGGACAACAUCGAAGGGGAACAUCUCGUAAGUGUUGCUCGAAAGCUCAAGGAGAAAUGGGUUGGGAAACGGAAGUUCCUAUUUGAGACGAGCGGUAACAUCACCGAGGGUAACCUUCAGGAGCGUGCAGUCAAUGAUAUUGACAUCCUCAGCACAAGCGCUGUUCAUCAGUCUGUACAACACAUAGAUUUCAGUUUAAAGAUCCAGAUGCCUAAGUCAUAA